AUGUCCCCUGGCUCAAGGUGGCCAGGGCACAGGGUUGAUGAUGUGCAGGAGGAUGGCCAUCUGCUGCUGACUGUGGCUGCUGCUCUGACCCUGCGCAUGAGGCUGUCUGGUUGCUGCGGAGCCCAGAUUGUUGGGGGCCAGGUGAAGCCACACUCCAGGACCUACAUGGUCUCUGUGAGCUUUGAGGGCCAACACCAGUGCACAGACUUCCUGCUCUGUACUGGCUGGGUGGGACACCUCCACUGGGCCCAUGCAUUGCCAGUCCUGGAGCCCACGAGGCAGGUGUUUGGCAUUGGGGCCAUCAUCCUGCAUCCCAAUUACCAACCUGACACACACACCAGUGACCUCUGCCUCCUGAGGCUGAAUGGCUCUGCAGUCCUGGCUCCUGCUGUGAAUCUGGUAUGGCUGCCACCAAGAGGUGCCACACCACUCUUGGCCGGAUGCAGGGCCGGUUGAAGUUUUGUGUCUGACUUGGAGGAGCCUCCCCCAGGGCUGAUGGAGACUGAAGUGCGUGUGCUGGAUCUUGCUGCCUGCAACAGCUCCUGGCAGGGUCAGCUGAACAGCCUGCUUUGUACCCACAGUAGGGACUACCUGUGGAGAGGUUUCUGUUCGGUAGAUUUUGGGGGCCCCCUAGUCUGUGGGAGCCGGGCCCAUGACCUGGUCUCUUUUUUGGGCUUCUGAUAUGGUGCUUCCAGGACUCUGGAUGUCUACACACAAGUGUCUGCCUUCGUGGCAUGGAUCUGGGGUGUGGUUUGGGGCCACUCCUCCCCACCAUCUGUGGGGAUGUCCAGUUAG